AUGAGAUUUUUCAAGAAGACCGCUGACAAGGAGACUGAAGAUGGGUUGGUCAUUUGCCCCGCCGCCCAGCCGCCGCACAUCCUUGACCAGGGUGAUCGACCUGUGCCGCUUGACUACGUCGCCGAGCCGCCGGACAACCCUGACCAGGCUGGUCGACCCGUGUUGCCUGACGAGAAGGUGCUCGAGGAGGCGAAGCAGCAAGGCAGGGACUCCCUCAUUCAGAGCGUGAUGAAGACGGUUCAAGAAGUCGACGAUCGCAUCUUCAAGAUGAACGAGCUAAUCCUUAAUUCCGUCCCUGGAGGCGAGUGGCUGUCGCCGGACGCCAAGGACGUCCGCGAUAGGCUCGUCGAGGCCAAGGAGCCGAUCGCCCAGAUGCUCAAGGAACUGACGGAGCCCGAUCCGAAUGUCGAAGGGGAUGAGGUCAAGCUGUUUAUUCUUGGGCAAUUGCAGCCGGGCCCUUGA